UUUAUGCUUGGUUCGCCACGGCGCAUGCGCCUGUCCAGCCGCUACUACUCUCCAUGCACAUGCGGACAAAUCCCACAACGUGCGGGGCAGAGCAGGGCGCACCGGAGGGAGUGAUUAGUUUGUUUUCCAGCUGUCUGCUCUGCUGGCUGUUCUCGCUUUUUAUUUAUACCCGCGCAUCACCCCGGGCUCCGGCAGCAGCGCCUAUUUCUGCUGCACAGCCUAGUCCAGACUGACCGGCCGGCCGGCGUGUGUCCGGACUCCACAGCGAGCCAUGUCGAAGGAGGAGCCCUGGGUGGGAACAACAACAACAACAACAACAACAGGGCGCGCUGCUGUCCCGUUGCAACGUGCCCCGGCCCAUGUCCUCUAACCCGACUACGCCUGCCCCCGUUCAGUUCGGUCCAGUCCAUUCCAGGCCAGUCCCGCUUCGAGGCGCGCCCCGAUGGCUGAUGAGGAGCCCCAGCAGCCGGACCCCGGAGCGGGGAGUCUACCCGGCCUGCUCCCCGGGCUGCAGGGUGCUGAGGCCAGCGCUCUGCAGCUCAGGAUCAAGAACUCCAUCUGCAAAUCUGUCCAAUCAAAAGUGGAAAACAUCCUGCAAGAUGUGGAGAAGUUCUCAGACAUUGAAAAACUCUACCUCUACCUCAAGUUGCCUACGGGUCCCAGCAGCAGUGCAGAGAAAAGUGACCAGAGCGCCCUGUCGUCCAGCCGCACUCAGCAGAUGCACGCGUUCGGCUGGAUCCGCGAUCAUCUGGAGGAAUACCCGGAGACCUCUCUUCCCAAGCAGGAGGUCUACGAUGAGUACAAGAGCUUCUGUGACAAUCUUAACUACCACCCGCUGAGUGCUGCAGACUUCGGGAAGAUGAUGAAGAAUGUCUUUCCGAACAUGAAGGCGCGUCGUCUUGGCAUGAGAGGGAAAUCUAAAUAUUGCUACAGUGGACUAAGAAAGAGACCGUUUGUCCACAUGCCAUCUUUACCCACUCUGGAGCUCCAUAAAUCAGCAGACGGAUGCGACGCCCUGGAGUCUCCAUGCCAUGUGGGGGGCAUCAAGGAGGAUGUGCGAUUUGCAGCCUGUGACCUGGUGUGCGAAUGGGCUCAGAAGGUGCUGAAACGCCAGUUUGAUGCCGUUGAAGACUUGGCUCGCUUUCUAAUCGACAGCCACUACAUCAGCAACAAGUCUCUGGCAGCUCUCACUUUAAUGAGCGGCUCAGCAGCAGAGGUCAAACCUCAGCAGACCGUCUCAGCCUUCGCACCCACAGCCGAAGCUCAGCCUUUCCAGCCUCAGGGGAAAAUGUUUUCGUCGCCGUCCGUGGAUGCAAAGCAGCAGCUGCAGCGGAAGAUCCAGAGGAAACAACAGGAGCAGAAGAUGCAAUCUCCUUUACUGGGAGAAGAGCAGGCUAAGAGGAUGCUGGACAGCGUGGCUUGUGGCAGCCCCAGCCCGCCCUCGCCUCAGCCGGCCAUAGGCAUAGUGGUCGCUGCUGUCCCGAGUCCCAUCACGUUGCAGAAGAGCGGGCAGCUGAUGUCCUCGAGUCCUGUGGGGACGGUGGAGAGCAAAGUCCUGCCGAUUAACUUCCAGAUGGUGUCCCAGACAGUUCAGGUAGUGAACCAGAGCCCCAAACCUGCCCCCAGUAAUCUAACCAGCCCAGCAGGGGAGCGUCCAGUCCGCCAGCGCUACGCUCAAAUCCUGCCCAAGCCUUCUGCCACCUCCGGCAUCGCCAUGCGUUCGCCCUCCACCAUGAUCAUCGCCAACAGCCCCAUUAAGACCAUGAUGGCGACGUGCCAACUCAGCCCUGUCAGCUUGGUCAAGAUGACGGCCAUAUCGCUGGCCCCCAACGGCGGGGAGACGGCGUCCCUCCCGAACACCGCGCUGCGGCCGGCGUCUGCAGGCGUCGCUUCUGCAGCCGCGGCAGACUUCGGCUCCAGCCAGGGCGUACGGAGCGCUUCUGCCGUCCCCAUCCUGGCCCCGACCGCCGGGCCGGGGCAGAGCGCCGACACUCAGAGCAUGGAUGUGGAGAUGGAAGUUGAAGCAAUACACAUGAACAGCCAAAUGCAAAAUCCCAGCUGUCGCGUUUCGACCCAGGAGGGGACGUCCAGCAGAGCUGGAGGGGCUGUGCAGAGAGCGGCUAGUGUGCCGAUACCUCACACCAAAGGCUUCCUGGGCCUUGAAGAAACGUCGGCUACUAGAUGCGGUGGAAACUCCUCGUCAGGCACCGACGCUGCGGUCAAACGUAACAGUGACGGCUCUAAUAAAGCCGCCACUUUGCACUUAACGUCUCCUAAUCUGAACACCAGCGCGCUUUCUCUAGUAAACACCAGCAGAUUAUCGUCCUGUGGAGAAGGCGCCCAAGCAGAGGAAGUGUUCUUAUCCACAAAGAGCUUCAGGAAACGCUCGGGCCUCAGUCCAGACCUCUCCCCCGUCAAACGGGCUUUCAUGCCCCAGCAGCCAGCAGAGGGCACUACUUACAGCCCUGGCCAGGGUCCCUCAGACAGACCAGAGAGUGCACCAGCUUCCAGGGAGCUAGAGAUGAAACUGAGCUCUGUCUUCUCCACUCAGGUCCACGUACAAUGUUCUUCCUCUCUCAUCGACUCUGUUGCCAAAACACAAAGCUCUGCGCAGAGGAACAACACUCCUACUGUUAUGGAAACCAGCACUGUGGUCAGCGAUGCGUUGAUGCAGGAGCAGCGGAGGCACGCUGUGGGUAACGUUCAUGCCAUACCGGGAAACCCUGGUUACCCGAAUCAUGCGGGCGUGAGUCUGAACUCAAGCGCCGGAGGAGUUUUGGAGGGAUCUCAUCAGUCCAGCCCCGCCGCGAACUCCCUCCAUUUCGCCUCUAACCAGCUACAGAUGCAGGAGCACAUGGGUUACUUCUCCUUCGACGACGACGUCACCCAGGACAGCAUCGUGGAGGAGCUGGUCCAGAUGGAGGAGCAGAUGAAACUGAAACGGCUGCAGGAGCUCGGGAGCGGCGGCUCGCUGCCGUGCCAGCCCGUCAUGGCGCCAAGCAACGUCGCGUCCGCUAACCAGACCAUCGGCGGGUUUUAUCAGGCCCCCAACCACAGCGGCAACCUCAUCCACACCCCCACACCCACCUCAGAGAUGAUGGGUGGAGCCCAGAGCCUGACGGGAGACAGCCCCUGCUCCCGGAUGGCCUCCACCACCCCGGUGGACAGCGCUCUGGGCAGCAGCCGCCACACCCCCAUUGGGACGCCCCACUCCAACUGCAGCAGCACCGUCCCUCCCAGCCCCGUGGAGUGCAGGAACCCCUUUGCCUUCACGCCCAUCAACUCCAGCAUGACGGGCUUCCACGACAGCAGCCCCGUCUCCAGCAGUCCGGUGAAGCCCAUGCAGAGGCCCACGGCCACGCACCCCGACAAGGCCCGGCUGGAGUGGAUGAGCAACAGCUACGGCAGCAACAAAUCAAACUGCGGGAUGGGAAUCCUCGCCGGCUGCAGAGGCCUGACGGACGAGCCUUUUCAAAAGCCGCACGCCUUCGCCGUCCCUCACGCGCGCCACCACGACGGCCACUGCGGCCGCCUGACUCCCAUUUCCCCCGUGCAGCAGCAGGCCGCCAGCGCGUGCCGGCAGGAGGGCUUCGCCGUGCCGGCCCCCCUGGACAACAAGGCCGCCGGCGCGUCCGCCGCCACGUUCCGCUGUCGCAGCGUGAGCCCCGCGGUGCAUCAGAGGAAUCUCAGUUUGAACGUAGGAGGCAACGCCCUCCCCAACGUGGCCCGCUCUGUCGCGUCUCCCUUUAGUUCUCCCGUGACGCCCGAGGUGCUGAGCAUCUUUGCCAACAGCGAGGCGGACCUGGGGGCGAGCAGCAUGGCGCAGAGGAGCCGCUCGGUGCCUCUGAACGUCAUGAUGCAAACCGAGGUGCAGCAAUGCGGCAUGCUUUUGAGCAAACUGGAGGGGGACCACGAGGAUGCUCUGCGGGGUCUAGGCAUGCAUAACGUGCCCUCCGCCUACACCAGUCGGAUGAACAUGAGCCAGAUGCUGGAGGCCAAGUCCAGCCUCCCCUGCGGCGACAACCAACUCGGCCUGAUGGCGUCGGACUCCACCGGCUCCUUCAGCUCGCAGCAGACAGGUUACCUCAUGGAAAACGCUGUCAACGAGCGAAUGAGGCUCCCGGCAGGCGGCGGCCAAGCUCAGCCGGUGUCCGCUGAGCACCUCCGGCACCAGCAGGCCCGCUCUGUCAUGCUGGCUUUGAGCUCGCAGCAGCAGGAGGAGCUGAAGCGCCAGCAGCACUCGGACUUCAGGAGUCGGCAGCAGCACCUCCUGACGGGUCCGCUCAUGGAGCAGGUGUCGGAGCUUACCGCGGGCGGGGCGGAUUUCCCCUGCGAAAUCAGAAUGACGUCGGAGCUCUCCGGCAGCAUCAACGACCUGAACGCGCUGGACACAAACCUGCUGUUCGACCCCAGCCAGCAGCAGCAGAGCAGGUUCCACGGCGCCGCGGCGGAGGAGCUGAACGAGCAGCUGUUCCAGCAGAUCAGCGAGACGGCCCAUUCAGGCGGGCUGGACUGGUUGGAGAGCAAAGAUCAUCCAACUGUUGGACUGAUGGGCUAAAAAACCGACUUUUUUUUUUUUUUUCAUAUUACGCUGUUGUAGUUGUGUGUUUGUAAAUGUAUUUAUCAGGUAUUUACUCUAAUGUACUAAUUUAAGUGAGGACAUGCUGGAGGUUUGUCCAGUUCAAGUGCCAGGCUGAACUGAAGUAAUGCUGCAACGCCGAGUAAAAUGCUGGUCAUUUCCCUUUAAUAACAUAAUUUUUAAAAAAAAGAAUCGCCUCGUGUUGAGCCUAAAGCAUUUCUAACAAGCGGACGAAAUAUCGGCCUAAACUCACUGUUUUGUGUUUCUCCAAGUAACAGUUACGUCCUGGUAUUUACCGUUUAAAAACUGCAUCAAUAUUUAAUCAUAAUAUGAAUAAAAAUCUAAAUAAUUAUUUACCGUUAAUAUAUAAUAUCAGAGUUGUAUGUGUCAUAGACUUUUAGGAAGAAAUAAAACUCAACCGUCACAUAGAUAUUAACAAAAACUAACCUUAGGUUGUGUAAAGGUGUACACCGCUGGCGUCCAAAAUGUUUGCUGCUAGAUCCGAAAAGCGUUUGCAAGGCAGGAAAAUCAAUGUUUUUAAAUGACUACACUACGGUUAAUUUCCUUUGAUAUUCUUUCUGUUUAUCUGCUCAAUACCGAACUAAACAUGCAAGAUUUUAAUUAAAAGGAAAGUAGUCCGAUUUUUGUAGGAAAGAGAUCGGUAAAUCAUCCAAACAAACAAACAAACAUUUAUUUCUUAGCCCAGGUCUGCUUCUGAGUGAAGGGUGCUGGAUGUUUGUGGCUCCAUUUAUUACAAAAUUGAUAUGAAUGCAGAAACCUAAUUUGUGUUUAGCUUAAAAAAAACAACGAUUUUAUUAGAGGCCACACAAAAUCCUUCAGAUGUCCGCAAAUGGCCCUGGGGCUGCACGCUGGACGCUCCUUAGUGUACACACAUUUUACAUUUUGACCCAAAUUCAUCCAUGCAAAUCUAAUCAAUAUAUACAUGGGACUCACAGUAUGUGUUUUUAUAUUUGAAUACAUUUAUACUAAUGCUCUAGCUAUUUAUCUAAUUAUAGCUACUAUAUACAAAAAAAAUGUCUCCGGACACAUUUAUUGGCACCCUUGGUAAAGACGUGUGAAAAGUCUGUUAAUAUAUAUGCCUUUAAUUGAUGCCACAAGAAAUCACACUGAAAGAUGGAAAAUUGUAUGUUAAUUUGAGCACUUUUAUGCUGUAAAUUGUAUGUCCUCCAGACACAAAAGGACCAUCCUCCAUUGUCGUCUCAAUAAACAGACCUAAAACUCCUGUGGGUCGAGCAGAAGAGGGGACUUAGAACUUUAGGGAUACAAAGAUGGAGGGUUAAAGAUCCCUUUCUCUGCAUUCUCCAACGUUGUGUCAUGUUAUAGGAGACUAAGACCUGUCCUUUUGGCGGAAGAGCAUUCAAACAGCAAGAAGAGGUGAUGCUUCUACAAUGAAAGAAUAAGUUAUUCAAAUACUUUUUUCACAUUUUUACAAGGAGUGCCAUUAAAUUUGUUCAGCAAUGUAAAAGCCAUCCUCACAGAACCUCAAAAGGAAGUGAAAUAUAUUCCUAAAGAUUUUUUAAAGCUUUAAAAAUAGUUUCAAUGUUUGUUUUUCUAUUAAAUAAGAAAAAAAAUAGAUCACAUAUCUUUGCAAAUUUGGUGCUUUAUUACUUCUCAUGCUGAUAAAGCCCUUAAAACUACAUUCUCUUUGAAACCUUAGUCAACAGGAUGUUAUGAGAUAUAAAUCAGAGAAGGGAGGGCCGCUCACCUGCCAUUUUAUCAAAAACAGCUUUAAAUGUGCACUGCGGAAAACCGUCAUUGUGCUCGGUCUGUGUUUUUUUUUUACCACAAGGAUUCAACCACUAAAUUAUUAUUUAAAUAAAGAAAAAUGUUUAUAACAAAAACCACUUUAUUAACAAAGCCCAUUGAAUGGGCAGUUCUUGCACUGUAAUAGAAAAUAAACAUACAAAGCAAUUUUCUCUUUUAUGUAUCAUUUGCAGAUUGCCCACUUUUAUGUGGCUUUAUGCAUUUUGACAGCCGAGCUUUAGUGAUUUAUUGUAAAGCACUUGCACGCCUGGAUUUUUAAUUCAUAAAUCUAGACGGUCUCUGUAAAAUCCCCUUCUGCAUUUUAGUUGCAAGCACUUGUUGAAUCCCGGCUUACGCUACCGGGACCGGAUUGCUGAAAGCAUGUACGUUUAGGAUUAAAUGGACUGUAAUAUUUAAAAAGUGGUUGAGGGGGCCCGGAGCUUACCGCCGCAUAAUUAAACUAUAGCAACUAUUGGUGAAUUUAGGUGUUUUAAUCCAUAAUGAAUAAUACCAGCUUGUUGUAAUGAAAGCUAAAAGGUGGUGCUUUUGUUUUAUUGGCUGGGCUGUGUAAUAAACCUGUUGUUACGGCGCUGACAAUCCGUUCUGCUUUAAGAUAUAAAAUAAUCACUGUGUCUGGGCUGGGAGGUAAUAGCGACCCCUCCCUGUCCAAAAGGAGUCACCUAAAUGUGGAUGUUCUGCUGACUCCUUAAGGGUCUCUGGCUCCUGAGCCUUAUGUCCAUGCCAAAGAUGUCUCCUCUAGCAACGUGCACUGUGACCGCCAGUGGGACGUUGUAUACGUUGUAACUGCACUUUUGGAGAGAAGUGCAAUGAGAAGUGGAAAUCCCGUGACGUCUACAGCACUGGCAAGACAUUUUGUCUCUAAAAUUUAGUGCGUUGGGGGAAAUUAUCUUUGUUUACUGGCGUGGAUGCUUUGGUUUAAACAGCAGGUACAUGUUUUAUACAGGAAGAAUCAUCCUAGAGACAACGUACUGAUCCCACUGUUUUCAAUUUGUAUUGUUAGCUAAUUUUCUGGGCCGACUGUACCUCUGUAUUUUUGAACAGACUGGACGUGUUGGUCGGUUCUGGUUGUUUUACUGCUAUUUAUUUACUGCGUGUCGUUUGUACAGAAGCGCUAAGCCCCGUGGCAUAUUCACAUUUAUUCAGCUGGUGUUUUAUAUUAUCAACAUAUGCUACCACAAUACAGUAGUUCUCUGCUUGUUUUAUUGAAUUUCCUUUUUAGAAGGGUGCUGGCUUUUUAGACUCAGAGCUGGACGAAGCUCCAAAAAAAACAUUUUGCACUUGUUUUUGUGGAAGUGGCACUAUGUAAUGAUUAUCUGCUCAAAGAAUAAUGUCUGGAUACAUUAAAAAAAUGUUAGUUAUUUGAACCUUGCUGAUUAUAUUUAUCUGCUAAAAAGCAGGCUUUACAUUUGUGGUGUGAUUUAUUUCCCCCAGUUUUACAUUGUUUAACUGUGUGUUCGUUAGCACUAAUGUUUAACCAAGAUUUUACCCUUCCUCUUGUUAGUGGUGCCGAGCUGUAGCGCUUCCCUCCACUGUAAUUAUUCUGCUGACUUUUUUUUUUUUUUUUUGCAUUUUAGACAUUGCUUUUAUAAGAGGAAGUGCUUGUUGAUGCAUUUUUAAAUCACUUUGUAAAACUAAUAAACAUUUUUAAGUACAAA